GCACGCUCGCAACGCUUCCUUUUUCUUUUAAACAUUUAAUUUUUUAUUAUAAACUUUAACUAUACUUAAAUUCAAUUAACUUUAACUUGAUUAAGUAUAAUUUGUGAAAGUGAUUGUUCAUUGGUGUACAACAAAGGAAAGAAGCCACUAGAAGAAGCCACGAGGUUGAAGGUACUGUGCCGACAUCCUUUCUUUCUUUUUCCAUUGUCCAUUAUUGAGCAAUCAUAUUAGGUAUCAAUAAGAAAAAAUACAGUCCACUAUAUAACCACUUCAAAUAUUUAGCUUAUAGGUAUAAAGUUUUAUUUAGUAACAUCCCGCGCCUCCAUUAAAAGUUGGUCCAAACGAGCCGAGAUAUAUUUCUUAGCUUAUAGUUUUACCUACGCUCCGCUUAUUUUCGCUUAGUAUAAUAAUUUAGCUAAGCAAUUUUAAUGUUAUGCUUAUAACAUUUCGAUCAUUACUUGCAUCGCUUUGUUAAACGUACGCGUGACCUUGGCAUAGUUUGUCGGUCACUGCAACAUAUUUGCACUUCAGUAAACUUUAUACCUAAUUAUUCUUAAUUGCUUUUCUAUUCUAUUAUAUUGAAUAACUAUAAUUUUACCGCUAUUUUAAAUUAAAAAUGCCGAAGAGUGAUAAGCUUUCGGAAUCUACAGAUCUAGCUAUAGAUAUACAACUCGUAUUAUUAGAACAAAAACGGAAUACAAUAUUCAUUUAUUUACAAGAGGUAUUUGACCUAUCUAAAGAUGCGGAUUGUGACCCUUUGAUGAGGGAAAACUUUCUCGACGCGAGUAGUAAUAUUGAAACGUUACGCUCAGACUUUAUUAAAAUCUUAGAUGAUUAUAAUAAUCGCUUGUUAUUUUUAAAUCCUAAGGCGACUCCGGAAUUUAAAAGUUUAAUUGCAUUCGAGCGGCUUUACGACUGCGUCACGCGCUUAGUUUCACUGUACAGCUGUAGUACAAAUAAAACUGAUAAAGAUACGACAAGUAAAAUUUCAAAACCAACGCAUACAUACCUAAAUACCGCGACUGCACCUAUGCAGCCGGUGUGCUCCCUAUGUAAUACGCGACACGAACAUUUGUAUACAUGCUCAACUUUUCAUAACAUGACCGCUAACGAUCGUUUUAAAUUUGUUAAGGCGAAUAAUCUGUGCGUGAACUGCUUAGGGAAGCACCGAUUAACUGCCUGUAACUCUUCUUCACGCUGCCGCCGGUGUAAUAAUUUACACCACACCAUGCUACACUUUGAUAAUAAUAACAGCGCCGCGGCCACGGGCACCACGUCUGGCGACAGUACUUCACGCACUUUACCUGCUGCCACGCUGCGCAAUGCCGCUUCCACUGUGCGCCUUGCCACUGCCAGCACUUCGGUUGACAGUAGUACCGCUAAUAAAGGGCGAACUUCGGUGAUACCCACGCAACCCCAUGACGUCACAUUGUGUUCCUUAUCUAAUUGUAAUGCUUCCCGCACACCUACUACGGUGUUACUCGCUACCGCACGUGUUGUUGUUUUCGAUACGCAAGGUAGGGAACACAACGUGCGCGCUUUAUUGGACAGUGCCUCGCAAAGUAAUUUCGCCAGUCGCAGCUUAUGCCAGCGGUUGGGUUUAGAGACAAACCAGAAACCCUCAUGUUCAGUGGUUAAAGGGAUUGGAGGCACUACUAAGCCAAUUCUAAGUUCGGUUUCGGUGAAAUUCUUUUCCCGCUUUGAUCUCAGUGUGUGUUUUAGCAUGGACUCGCUCGUAGUCGACAAGGUCACGAAGCGCUUGCCUACUGUGUCUGUGGACAUUUCGUCGUUGAUCAAUUUUAAUAAUUUACCUUUAGCUGACGAUACCUACGCUGCCCCUGGAGAUAUUGAUUUGUUGAUUGGAGCAUCAAUCUUUCCUCACCUUCUCUUAUCUCGUAAAGUUCAAGGUCAGUCUGAUUGUCUCUCACCGCUCGCUUUAGAGACCGUGUUAGGUUAUGUUAUUGUCGGCUCUGCUCCUGCUCUAGUUGAUAAUCACGCGUCUGUCUCAUAUUGUUGUGCUACAGACCCGCUUGACGCUGCUGUACGUAAAUUCUGGCAGAUAGAAGAAGUAAGCGCCCCGAAACUAUUGAGUCCAGAUGAUAAGGCGUGUGAAGAUAUCUAUAGCAGCACGACUACCCGUGAUACGGAUGGUCGAUACAUGGUCGCGCUUCCAUUUAAAGGGGAUGUAUUUUCAUUAGGUGAUUCGUUUAAGAAAUCUAAAAAUCGCUUUCUUUGUUUAGAACGUAAAAUGCAGGCAUCACCUAAAUUAAAGGAGGCGUAUGAUAACGUGAUUAGUGAAUAUUUAAAUAAGGGUUAUAUUUCUCCCGCUCCUCUAGACACUGAAGAAACUCGGAAUUUACCCUCAUAUACAAUACCUCACCAUGGUAUAAUAAGAGAAGAUAAACUUACUUCUAAAUUACGCAUCGUCCUGGACGGUAGUUCAAAGUCCAGUUCCCAAAUCUCGCUUAAUGACAUUUUAUAUAAUGGGCAAAAUCUGCAAGGAAACUUAUUUCAUAUUAUUGUUAAUUUUCGCUUAUUUCGUAUCGCUCUCUCCGCUGACAUUCGUCAAAUGUUUCUUUGCAUUGGAGUUCGGCCAUGUGACCGAAGGUUCCAACGCAUUCUGUAUCGCUUUUCGCCGCAAGAACCCUUGAAGGUUUAUGAAUUUAACCGCGUUUGUUUCGGACUGAAGUCUAGCCCGUUUCACGCUCUUCGUACCAUAAAGCAACUAGUUUUGGAUGAAGGUGCUUCUUAUCCGCGAGCACAGCAAACAGUCAACACUGGUUUGUAUAUGGACGAUUUUGUCUACAGCAUUGACAACGAAGAUGAGGCUAUUUCCACCGCUGCGGAAGUAAUCGCUUUGAUGAAAGCCGGACAAUUUGAUCUUGUUAAAUGGACAAGCAAUUCACAAAGAGUCUUGGAUUCUAUUACGCCGUCGCAUCGUCUCUCUGCUGUAAAGGAGUUUGAUGACUCUGAUUCGCAUAAGGUACUAGGACUAUGCUGGUCACCCGCAACAGAUAAUUUUAGUCUUAAAAUCUGUACAACCGCUGAAUCAUGUACAAAGCGUACUAUUCUGUCGUGUGUCGCUAGGAUAUGGGACGUCAUGGGAUUUGUUGCACCAGUGGUCUUAUACGCAAAACUUCUCAUAAAACAACUUUGGUUGUGUGAAUGUGAUUGGGAUGAUAUACCACCCGACCACAUCAUUCAACAGUGGUCCCGUUUUAAGGAGGAACUUCCUCUUCUUGGAAAAAUUAAAAUUCCACGACAUGUUGGCAUCGCGUCCGGUGAUGUUGUAACCGUUGUGGGCUUCGCGGACGCAAGUGAAAGGGCCUACGGAGGAGUUGUGUACUUUCAUGUAAGAGACAGUCAAGGUCUUCGCAAAAACUCAUUUAGUCUGAUAAGCGCUAAAUCUAAAGUGUCACCUCGUAAGGUGGUUUCGCUAGCACGUCUCGAGCUUUGUGCAAUAUUAGUCUUAAGCAACUUAAUUGCUAAUGUAAUUAAUGCUUGUAACAAUCGCAUUAAUAUAGAUCGUGUUUUCGCAUUCUCAGACUCGACUGUAGCUCUUUGUUGGGUGCAUUCUUCGCCCCAUCGUUGGGAUACUUUCGUUGCUAAUAGAGUCUCUAAGAUUCAGAAUGAAUUUCCACCGCAAACAUUUUAUCACAUCGCUGGCCAUGAAAACCCGCUGAUUGUUUAUCUCGUGGCCUUAGUCCCGCACAAAUCAUUGAUCAUUCGCUUUGGUUCUGCGGUCCUCAAUGGAUUCUAUCAGAUCCAAGUUUUUGGCCUGUUACGGAUUUUAAUCCAUCUACUGUGUCUCAGCCUCCAGAAGUAA